AUGGAAAUAUUGGCUGUGCUGUGUAGACAGGUACCGCUGGAGGCUGUUUUCUUGCUGCAUGCUAAAAUUGACGAGUUUGAGCUGGAUCUAUACACGGGCCCUGCAAAACACAACCUCGUUGUAUACGUGCGCGGAGCCGACUCCAUCAGCCCUACAAUUAGCGAGGACUCGCAGCAACAUGACAGCACACCACACAUACGAGACUCGGUCUAUGGCGAGAACGUAUCGAUCGAUGAGCUGUCGUGCAAACAGGCACCUGCAUGUUGCACGGUGCAUGAAUGCUCGCUAGUUGUAGAUUCACCGGCCGCUGGUACGCACGGAGCCACAAUGCCAAAUUCGGCGGAUUGA